GGGGGCCGGCUGCGGGCGCCGUGCUGCGGGAAGCUGUACCCGUGCCGGCUGUGCCACGACGGCGCCGAGCAGCACCAGCUGGACCGGUUCCGAGUGUCCGAGGUGCAGUGCAUCCGCUGCCGCCUGCUGCAGAAGGCCCAGCAGCGCUGUGAGGGCUGUGACAGCCUCUUUGGGGAGUACUACUGUGACAUCUGCCACCUGUUUGACCGUGACAAGAAGCAGUACCACUGCGAGGAGUGCGGCAUCUGCAGGAUUGGCCCCAAGGAGGAUUUCUUCCACUGCUCCAAGUGUAAUUUGUGCCUGAGCCUGAGUCUCCAAGGAAAGCACAAGUGCAUUGAAAAUGUCUCCAGGCAGGACUGUCCGAUAUGUUUGGAGGAUAUUCACACAUCUCGUGUCGGAGCCCAUGUUCUGCCAUGUGGUCACCUUCUUCACAGAACAUGUUAUGAUGAAAUGCUGAAGAAAGGCUACAGGUGUCCUUUGUGCAUGCACUCAGCGUUGGACAUGACCAGGUACUGGCGCCAGCUGGACGACGAGGUGGCGCAGACUCCCAUGCCCACGGAGUACCAGAACAUGAUGGUGGAGAUCCUUUGCAACGACUGCCAUGCCCGCUCCACGGUGCAGUUCCACCUCCUGGGCAUGAAGUGCCAGAGCUGCGAGUCGUACAACACGGCCCAGGACGGGCGGUGCGGGCUGUCCCUGGAGCAGCAGUGAGCGGGGCCCGCGCCGCGCGCGGCCGGACGGGAGCGCCGUGCCCUGGGACAGGCUGCUGUGCCAACAAAGCAGCUCUUGGCGGGAAGGAUUCCAGUAUUGCAGCUCAAGGAGCCCUUUACUGCGUCAGGGAGGAGGCAGAUGAGAAGAGCAGCACGAGGAGAUGUGACCAGCAGCUGAUGCGGCAGCAGGAGGAGUUUGGGGCAGCUGAAGGGGAAGGGAGGUGGAGGUGCAGCUCUCGGGGCUGCAGCUGCUGGGGAAAGUGGGUCACUUUGAGAGGCACUGCCGUCCACAGGGCUGUGUGUGGGGGGGUGUGGUGUUCCCUGGGAAUGAUGUGUGUGCCAGGAGCUGGCUCUGCACAGGGGCAGCGGGCAGGAGUGGCAUCCUUGGCUCCCUUCAUGCGCUGUCACCUGUGUGUACAGAAUUCCCUCCAAACAAGGGCAUUGCUCUGCCUGCUGGGAUGAGCAGCUGAAAGAUCCAGGUGCAAAGCUCCCCUCUUUCCCCUGGCCCCCGUCCUGACUCACUGCCGUCCCUUCAUUCAGAUUCCCUUGCCGGCUGCAGUCACUUUUUUCCCCUUUCUUCCCCAUUUUGCCCUGUUCACUGGCAAAGGCCAAGGUGGUGUAGGGUUUUAGACAUGUACAUAGCUCUGUUUUGCUGGUUAAAGUACCUAAAGUGAAGCACAUCCUUCACAUCAGGCUGGGCCUGAGAUGUUCACUGAAAUAACAGCAGUCCAGAGGCAUUCCAGUAUUGCAGGGACCAAUUUUUUGUGGUUUUGGCAUUUGUUAGUGGUAGAGCUUCACUGGGGGGGCAAACAGCUGCCUUUUAAAAGAAAUAAAAAACCCCAACCCCACCCUUCUGCAUGUAACAUCCUGCCUGAGGUGUUUUGCAGUCUUAAAUAUUGCAGAAAGUUCUUGAUUUCUGUGAAUUUCACAUGCAGAUACUUUUCAGUAAUAAGACAUAAAAAAGGUCACUUACUCUUCAGGUUGCACCUCUCAUUUUUAACUUGUUCUGUUGUAAAAUGAUCUUUUCUUAAUCCAACAGUGCUCUCUUCAGUAUGGAAUAUUUAGGAUUUGAAAGAUAGCUAUUGUAGCUUGCUUUGACUGGGGUAUCUUUUUCUGGAGCUCUAUUCUCACUGCUAUAAAUAAAUGUAAAAUAAGGUCUCUAUAAAAGUAAACAAAUGACA